AUGGCACGCGUAGGGCUGAAAAGGUCACCCCGCGAGGACGAAGACGACGCCCGCCGACAAAGGAGAAAAUUCGUCGCAUGUCAGCGAUGCCAUUCACAUAAGAUCAAAUGUUCAGGAGACCAGCCAUGUAGCAAGUGUUGUGCGGUAGGCGUUGCCGAUGAGUGCGCCUAUGCGUCCCGAGAUCGCCAGGUGAAAGUGAGCGAGAACUACCUUGAUCAACUCGAGGCAGAGAUUCGGCACCUAAAAGAGCAAUCGGUCGCUUCGGCCAGUGCGACCGAAGCCCAACCUCCGCAUGCGGGACAAGCAUUAUCUCGCCCGGUGGAAGCUCCCGAUGCCACGAGUAUUCGGAAUCCACUCAUCGGCGAUCGCGCAUGGUUUCAUCGCUAUGACCCGUCUUCCCCGCCCAUAUACAUUGGCGAGGCGGCGUGUUCGGCCUUUGCGACGCGAUUUCGUCGUUUUCUAACUGGUAAUAAUGCUACGGCUCAUAUUGCGCGUACACAGUGGACGCGGGAAGAGACAAUCGCUGCUGCUGCUGCCAAUGAUGCCGAUGUCCAGUGGCCUAGCCUGCAUCAUGCGAGGCUGUUGGUUAGAAUAGCCAUCCAUCAAAUUGGGUAUCUGUAUCAUUUGAUGAUGCGCAAGGCUACACUGGAUAAAUUGGAAGAAAUAUAUCAGACAGGGGACUUUGACUGCAAAACGAACAAGUGCAAGUUCUUUGCCCUGUUUGCGUUUGGACAGGCUUAUUCCAUCCGCGCAGAGUCUACCUCUGGAUCUCGUGUGCCCGGAACGGCGUAUUUCGCAAAAGCCAUGAGCUUGGUGCAGAUUCUCCCUGAGAGAACGAGCAUCACUCACCUGGAGACUCUGUUGCUACUAUCCCUUUUCUCAUACUACCUCAAUCGCCGUCACUCGGCGUACAUUUUAAUUGGAAAUGCUAUGCGAAUGGGUCUCACAAUCGGAUUAAACCAUAAUAUUUCCGAAACCCAACUCAUCGACCCAGUUGAGCGACAGCACCGAAUCGAAAUUUGGUGGACAAUUUACAUAUUCGAUCGCAUGUGGGGUUCCAAAAUGGGUCUUCCCAUGCAAAUCCUCGACGAAGACAUCCAUGUUGACAUGCCAACACCCAUAUCUCCUCGCUGGCGACACGAAGAGGAGCUCUCGGAUACCGAAUAUAUGACAGCUAAUAUCAAGCUGGCCCAGAUAGUCGGCGAAACCAUCACAAAGCUCUACAGCCGGCGCAAACACCAAGAAACAUUCCUGCAGCGCGUACAAAAACUCUUAAAGUCCCUGAAAAAUUGGGUCGAGACCUUACCCGAGAGUCUCCGGCUGAAUAUGGAGGAUUUGGAAUCUAGCAAGAAGCCCCUCGUCUCAUUACACAUGGCUUUCAACCAAUGCGUCAUUCUCACCACCAGACCUACCCUCCUUCACCUUCUUAUCACUCUUCGCAAAGCGGACUCUACCAGUGCAGACCGCGAGGCAGUCUCGCAGCCUGUGUGGACGCUCAGUGAGGCGUGUAUCCAUGCAGCACGUCACUCACACUCCAUGAUCCUUACACGCUGGAUUAACGGCACGAUGCCUACAUUCGGAUACUUCCAUGCUCACUAUCUAUUCUCCUCGGCAUUGAUCUUGGCUAUGUCCAGCUUUGUACCCAUUGGCAACCCAAAUGACAUGAGUGGGUUUGACUCGGCAUUGGACCUUCUGCGCUCAAUGACAGAAAAUGGGAAUCUUGCUGCCGCAGAGUUUUAUCAUAAUCUGGAGCAAGUGAAGGUGUGUUUGGAUGCGUAUCGCGGCAAUCCAAGUACUUCUGUCGUGUCACGAAGACAGGAGGAAAGUCCAGAAGGGGCUAGUACUUCCAAUACCGGUAUUAAUCUGGGUCCCGGUACCCCUGGUAUUAUCAAUUCAGUCUCUAGUCUGGGGCCUGGACCUGGUCCUAGCUCUAGUUCCGGCCCGAAUAUGCUGCCCGUAUCUUCAAGCCAGGCAGUACCGGCAACGGCUUUCUCGAAUGUUUUAGCCAAUGCGCCCGCCCCACCGAUGCUGCCAGCAGAGAAUGACAUGCUAGCUGGACAGGCCAAUAAUGGUACGGAUUUCUAUGCUUUGCCUGCCAGGGAUAAUAUGAGCGGAUACACGACUGAAAUGGCAUUCUUGGAACCCACAAUGCAAGAUUUCCUAGCGCAGUCUGACAUCGAUCUUGGAUUGUUGCACCCCGUUGAUACAUUUUUGAGCGAAGCGGAGAACUUGUAUACCUGCCAUGAGCUCUAG